AUGAAUUUUAUUGAUUAUGAUGAUUGUAAUAUACCUUUUGAUUACGAAGAUGAGAUGAUUUUUCCUCCAUUUUAUUAAAAUGCAGAAACACCUUAACAUAGCAAAUCUACUGAUUUAGAAUAAAAGUUUAAAAAUGAUAGAAAAGAAAGAAUUUUAAAGAAAAGAAUAGAAAAAAAACAAAAAACCAAUUCAGAUUCAAGUAAUAAUCUCUCAAAAGAAGAGUUAAGAAAAUUGAGAAAUAGAAAUUCUGCUUAAUAAUCAAGAGAUAAAAGAAAAUAAUAGUUUGAUUCCUUGAUGUUAGAGAACCAAAACUUUUAAAUCUUACUAAAACAAUAAGAAGAAUAAAUUUAAUUAUUAAUUGAUGAAAACAAUAAGUAAAGAUUAAAAAUAUAAUAUUUGGAAGAAAUAAAGUAUAUAUAUAAUAAUAUAUCUAUUAGUUAAAAUUUUAAAUGUAUGAAUUGUUCAUAGGAAGCAAACCAUGAAAUGAUAAGAGUGAAUGUCAUUUCUAAAUAAAAAAUGAUGAAUUAUGGUUUAUUGUCAUUGUUGGCAAUAACUUGUAUUUUAUCAAUUGUAAACAAUGAUUACGAAUUUUCUCCAAAACCUAUUGCACUACAAUAGAUUUCAGAUAAAAAAUAUGAAUUUUUAGCUCCUAAAUAGUAAUUUUCAAAUUCUACAUCAUUAACACUCUACAAUCAUUUAACAAUGCCAGAGCAUUAAUAUAAUAAUCAAACACUAUUUUACAAUUGCACAGGUAAUGAAAAGGAAUGUCAGACAUUUUUAAAUAUCAUCAAGGCUGAAAAUACAAAUAAUUUAUAUUUUGUAAAUGAUGCUUCAGAUCAUUUACCUGCUGAAUAAGAUCAUUAUUUUGAAAAAGGAGAAAAUGUUUAUUUAAUUAAAAUUAAAUAAGAUGAUGAAGACAACUUUAUGAUAUUUAGGGCAAGAUGCUAAAUAACAGAAAGUAAUAAGUUGUUAUUCGAAAGAGAUACCUACGAUUCAUAUAAUAAUAGCUUAUAAUACUGA